CAGCUCCAGCGCAAGUCAAACGCCACAAGACCCACUGCACACGACAACAAUGGCCCGCUCUCGCCGUUCCGCGGCCCCCGCCCGCAAGCCCGCGGCUCCCGCCAAGGCUGCGCCCGCCCCGGCCCCUGCUGCUCCGGCGCCGGCCCCCGUGCAGGCGAGCGCCCCCGCCCCGAGCGUCGGCGGCGGCCUGCUGUCCACCGUGGCUGAGGGUUUCGCCUUCGGCACGGGCAGCGCCAUCGCCCGCCACGGCGUGAACGCCGUCAUCGACUCGUUCAGCGGAUCCAAGGACGAGCCCGCCGCCGCUCAGCCGGUGGCUGCGGCCCCUGCUGCCCCCGUGGCCCAGUCCUCGGCUGCGGUCUGCGCCAGCGACAACAAGGCCUUCCUGGAGUGCAUCAACCGCAACGCCAACGACGUGGCCGCCUGCCAGUUCUACCUCGACGCGCUCAACCAGUGCAAGCAGCAGAGCAUCAACCUGUAAACAGAACAACCGAUAGACGAGAAGUAGGAGGGUCGACGAAGUCGCGCUGACACGACGACCUCAGUGACGUGGUAGGUCGUGACACCGUCAAUCCCUCCGCAAUAAUCCAGAAUGAAAUUAUCUUGAUAAAGC